UAAUUAUCUUUAUAUAUACUUAAUCUGUUUUUUUAAUUAAAAAUUUAUUGUUUUAUUCAGAAUUCUUCAGAAAAAGCUGAAAAGAAUGAGCCUUUUUCUUCCAAUCAAGAUGAUUUAGAAAAUAGAACUGAACAAGAAGGAAAAGAUAUGGCAGGAAUGGACUUAUCACCAUUAAUUUGCCAAUCUAAUAACAGAGCUGCUCAAAUUGCAGAAGAAGAUAUGAUAUAUGAAUGUGGUCCAGAAGGAGAAACAGAACCAGAUAUUGAAGCAGAAACGGAUGAUACAAAAGAUCUAGCUGAGGCUGAUCAAUCACCUGGACAAAGAACUAGUGUAGUAGAUCAUGUUCACCAUUUCAGACAAAUUGAAUCACCACAGUUAGUUUCUUCUUUAGGAAACAAUACAAAUAAUUUUGUUUUGAUUAAUUCUGGAUUGAGAAAUGAAUCAUCACUAGCAGCAACAAUAGAUGGUUUGGAUGAUAUUUCUGUUGAACAACAAGAUAUUGCAGCUGGUGGAGAACAAAUAUCAUCUUGUCUCGACGAUCUUCAAACCGUUGAUGAGUUGCCACUUGAUGAUAUUCCUACAAAAUUAAUUCCAUUAUCAGAGGGAGAAAUUUCAAAGCAAAUGGCUGAAGAAAUAAGUGCAGCAUCCCUCUUACAGGAAGUGGUAUCUGAAGAAUUGUCUGAUGUAGUGAAAGAGCAAAGUCAUUUUUGACAUUCAGCAGUUACAGAAAAGUGUUUAUGUAUAACUCUUACUGCAUUUUGUGUAGCUGUUCUAUGGAUUGCAAUGAAAGGAAGAUCUAGUAUUGAAUAAAUACUUGAAAUAUCAGCAUUGAACAAUCUUUUUUACCAUAUAAUAAAAAAAAAAAGAAAA